GCAAAAAGGUACACAAGACGAAAGGCAAAAGAAAAGACGCAAAAUGAAAAGGGUGCUGGUUAAAAAGUGAUAAAAGUUUCUGUUUAAAUUCGCACAAAUCAGGAGUUCUCAUAAAAUUUUGGCUCAUCAUAUUUCCGUUUUUUUUGUUGUGUGCAGUAAAAUUCAUUGAUGGAGGAUUCUUUAAUUGCCUUCCUUUAAAGCUCUUUGUUGCCCCAUCAGCAGCAAAAGGCCCCUUUCCCAGUGCACUGAAGCGAGAUAGCAUUAGCGAAGCACAGACAGGUAGAUAGGGAGAGAGAGCGAGAGGGAUAGAAUAUUUUUAUGGUCAUUCUGUGGCUACUGGAGAGACGACUUUCGAGAAACGAAUUGAAAACUCCGUGUCAGGUAGUCGCCAUCUUUAUUUCCGAGAAGCGCACAGGCCCGUUGUAAGAAACGUAGUAGGCUAGAGCGAGAUAGAUCAAUAGCCAGACGACGGCAGUAGGGCCAUGAAACACACGCACACACACCCCCCACCUUUUGAUUGCCUCAUGUGUAUGUGUGCGCGCGCGCGUCUGUACGUGUCAGUGUAUUGAAGGCAUCGGUCAUUGCAAUAACGUCGCUAACGCGAAAAGUACCCACAGGCGGCGCGCAGUAGUAGUAGCAGUGUGUGUGUGUGUGCGAAACAGUGUGAUGAUGUGUGGAGAAACUCUCGCUCUUCCCCGUCCGGCCGUCCCUUUCCCUCGUAUAUACGUACAAACGAAUUCAACACACAUUCACCGUCGCUUCACGUAGUAGUUCACGAGAGAGCAAACGGCGUGCACGGCCGUGUGCAUCCGUGCCUAAGCUUGGAAAAAGGCGACUUUUUUUUUGUCUUCUCUUUACUGUUGUUUGAUUGCAGAACAAAACCAGUGUAAAUCAGUAAUAGCAUGUAAUUAUCUAACCAAUUUUUAUCUUAAACCCCAUCACGCCCCGUCCCUCCCUUCAGGUACCCGCAGGUUAUAUUUUAAUAUGUAGAGCUUCACGUGCCGAUAAUAUCAGUGAAAUUAUUUAUAUCCACCUGCUGUUUGUUGCUGGUGGUGGUGGUGGUGGUGUUUAUCGCUACACCUUCAUAUGGGGGACAUGACGCAGCAUUUGGAGUACUUUUCCAUUACUUGUUUUUUUUUGUUGAUUAAUCGGCUCUACCAUGCUUUUUCCAAAAAACGAUGUCCCUCUUUUUUCCAUUUUUGUUUCCUUCUUGCGAAUGCAUUGGUGUGUGACGCGCGCUGUUAACAACCCAAUUUUGAAGCUAUUUUUAGAAAUGAACACGCGCUCCCUCUUGCUCUCACAUACGCGCGCGCUCUCUCUCGCUCCUUCAAAGCGCGUGUUCAUUUUUUCCCCUCUCUGUGCGGGCGCCGCACAGUAGUGCUGCACACGCACACUAACGUACAUGUAAUUGGCAAAAAAGGAAGAAAAAAAUCUAGAACAUUACAUAUGUUCUCUUCUAUUGCGCCUUCCAGAGAAGUAGGCGCAGUAAAAGUGCAUGCUUUGUCAAUACAUCCCGGGUACGGUGAUGAUGUAGUAAAGAUAAAAAGAAAUAGAAAGUUCCCCCACACACCACCGGUUACAAGAGAAGACGAAAAAAAAAACACACACACACAGUGUAAAUGUUAAAACCCCUUAUUAGUCUGUGCUUAACGUAAGCAAAAUGUUGGUUUAGCGCCCGCUGAAUGGAAAAAAAUCUUCCAACACCAUCCAGAGUCCCAUAUUUAACAAAAAAAAAGCGAAAGCAAACCAGUGAAACAUGAGCGAUCCGGAAGAUCUGGAGGACGGCGAGAUCGAGGAUGACGAGGAGGACGAGGUGGUGGCGGUACGGCGGCCGGAUGAUCCACCGCUGAUGCCGCCCAAACCGGUCGACUACAUGGAGUACGAGGCGGGCGACCAGCACCAUCCCUCCGUCGCUAGCGAUGGUGAAGGGAAAGCGAAUUCAAAGCCGUCGCAGCAGCAGCAGCAGCAAUCACCGCAGCAACGCUCCUCCAAAAAGCCCGCUCCGGUCGUAGACGACUGGACGAUGAAGGUGGAGCAAUCGAUCGCGAACGCACUGAUACGGGACGGCGUGCAGCCCCCGAUGCCCUCGUCCGUGCCGCACGGGCACGAAAAAGACGAUUCGGUCGGGCAUACACCGUCCAGCCGGAAGUCGCGCAAGCGCAAGCGAGCGAACCGGAGCGAACAGCAGCACCAGCUGCAGCAGCAGCAGGGUGGAAAGCAGGCCCGGUUCGAUCCGGACGGGGACGAGGACGAUGUCGAUCUGGAGAACGAAAUGCUCAACGUGCGGGGCAGCAGCCCACAGCAAGCCAUAAUGGGAAGGGGUGGUGGUGGUGGUGGAGGGGCCGCCGAUUCGGGACGGUCCGAUUCGGAGGCGGACGAUACUCACUACUCGUCGGACGAGUCGGCGGGUGGGCGCGAUCGGGACGGCGGCCAUUACCGUCGCCCCCGGGGGGACCAGCACCAGCAGCAGAGGGAGCGUGAUCGGGAGCGCGAACGGGAACGAGAGCGUGAGCGGGAGUACAACCGGAAGAAGCGGAAACAGGCGCGCCAGGGCAGGGGCAACAACAAUGGCAAAUCGAACCGGGACGGCCGGAAGCGCAAGCGGGACGAUUCGGAUGACGAAAAGCAUCGCCCGACGGGACCGCGCAAGAUGGAGCUGUGCAAGUUCUACCUGAUGGACUGUUGCGCGAAGCGGGAAAAGUGUCUGUACAUGCACAAGGACUUCCCGUGCAAGUACUACUACCUGGGCAUGAAGUGCAAGGAGAAGGACAAGUGUCUAUUUAGCCACGGCGAACCGCUGGCGGACGAUCUGCGCGCGAUCCUGCUGAAGCAUCUCGAGACGGCGCCGCAGGAAAUCCUGGGCAGCUUCCAGCGCAUCAGCCGGGACAGCGCGAUCGGCAUGCUGAACGCGACGCACCGGAAGCUACAGGAGCGGUAUGGUGGUGGUGGAAAGCACCACGAUUCGAAAAUCCCUUCCCUGUUGGAUGUGGUCCCGGGUGGAGGAGGUGGCGGUGGCGGUGGUGGACACAUGCACAGCCCCAAGCACGGCUCUUCCCGCCGGUCGUCCCGCUGGGAGGAGGGCGGCCGCUCGAGCGACGGAGAACCGCCGCACGAUGGUGGUGACUGUGGGGGCGAUAUGACGAUGCAGCUCGCCGGCGUCAUUACGGCGGCCCAGAUAAACGACCUCGAGCAGAUGGGCAUACGGACGCUGGACGAAAUUAGCCAGCUGACGGUGGCGCAGCUGAACGAGCUUGGGCUGAGCAUUACGCAGAUUCACGAUCUGCAGGUGCGCGCACUCAAUGCGCACCGGCAGGCAGUCGCCAACGAACGGAGACGACCGCGGGAACCGCCGGCACCGGCACCGGCCCCAGCACCAGCCCCAGCUCCAGCGCCAGCCCCUCCGCCAGCUCCGGCAGAAAAGCCAAAGGAUCUCGACCUGCGCACACUGCCGGGCGUGGCAGAGUCGCUCCUCGGUAGCCAUAGCAACGAACAGAACAGCAGCAAGAAGGACGUUGACAUGCGUGUGCUUCCAAUGGGUGGUGAGCAGCAGCAGCAGCCGGUGGCGCCUCCACCCAACAACGAGACCGCCGCAAGCCUCGUCCUGCCCGGUCUGGUACUUCCGAAGCCGCCCACCGUCGACUACUCGCAGUACAUCAAAGACUCGAAUCUGGACGAGGAGGACCUGGAUGCGGUCGCCACGGCGAGCAGCCUGCUGAACGACCCGCCCGAGGACGACGAUGACGAUGACGAUGAUGAGAAUCAUCUCAAGAUCAACAUCGCGGAAGAGGAAGAAGAGGAGCAGGAGGAGGAGGACAAGAAGAAGCAGUCUGAUGAGCAUGAGGAGAAGCAAUCCGACGAGGUUGGUGGGGCUGGAAAGGAGGAAGAACUUCUGCUUCCACCGCUGAUACCGCCCAAGAUUGACUACGCCCAGGGGCUCGGGGACAUACUGAAGUUUGGCAGCACCGCGGUGGACAAGAGUUUGGCCCAGCUGUCAAGCGGUGAGUCGCCCCGAUCGCAUCGAUCACCGUCACCGGUCGCAAAGGAGGACGCACUGACCGACAUUUGGACACCCUCGAUGGCGGACUCGACCCAGAGCAGCAGUGCUGGUGGUGUUGCCCAAAGCUUUGGAGCUUCCUCGCAACAAUCGACGACGACGAAAGCGUCCGCCAGGUCAGCCACCGCGACCAAGCGGCUCGGCGGUACCUCGAUCUACGAUUGGUGCGAUUCGGAUGCCGGCGCCUCAUCACCGUCGGACGGGGGUGGACGAAAUUCUCCCGUGACGUCAUUGUCGUCGUCGUCGGCACCGUUCCGAUACGGUUCGCUUCCGUUGGACAUUGACGAUCCCUACUCGGCGACGACUGCCGGGCGGGAAGCGUCGAGCGAGCUGGGCUUCCCGUUCAAAUCGAUGAUGGCCAACUACGUGCCAGCCACGGAGAUCGAUGGGUCGAUCGGUUCACAUGCACCGAUUCACUACAAGGUCUACGUGGUCGAUGUGCCGAAGCCAAACUAUGGCGCACUAAGACGUUCGAUGGUUCGCCCGGUCGGCACGAAGGAUCCCCGGCUAAGGCGUCUGUUCGGGCUGGCAAGCGACGAUGAUGAGGAUCGGGCGAGCGACACCAGCGAUGGCAUUAAAUCGCCCGAUCCCACCCCACACGCUUCGCCACUGUACGGCAGCUCGCCGUCGGUGCACGCUACCGCUGCACCAUCGCAACCGGCCAGUAAACCCGCACCACCCCCCGUAGUAAGCGGUGGGCGACGGGUAGAUCCACGCAAACGGCACGCCGAAAUGCAGCAGGAAUCGGCCGCCAAGAGUGUAGCGGCGGCUGCGGGCAGCGGCAACAACCAUAACCACCCGACGCCCCAGAUCGACGUGCAGACAAUACUGCAAAAGUCGCCCUGGUACAAGGACCUCGGCUCGAAGCACAAGAUCAUGGUGAACCAGCAGCUGGCCAUCCUGUCGUCCGAGAUGCGCAAGUACCACAACUCCGACCGUACGCCCGAGCAGCUGAGCGAGUUUAUGCAGUUUCUCGGCGGCAACGGGAUGCUGCAGCAGAUCCUCACCUACCUGAACGUGUUCGUGGACGAUUCGGUCAAGUUCUGCGAGGUGCCGGUCGUACCGAACAUGCCGCCGCCGGCCCUCCCGCCGCCUAACAUUCCACCGCCGAUGCUGCCGAUACCGGUGCACGUGCCACCGCCGCUCGGCGUUGUACUGCCGCCAGCUGGGGGUGGCGUCGGCGGCGGCAAUGGUGGUGGUGGUCUGCCCCACCAACAGCCAAACGGCCCUGGGAUGUUCCACGGCCCGAAUGGUCCCUUCGACCAGGAGCAGCAGCAUCGUGGUGGCGGUGGUGGCGGUGGGUUGCCUCCCUCGAUCCGGCCGGGGCUGUUGGGCGUUUCGCCCAACAUGCCGUUCGAGCAGUUCCUUGCGAUGGGCAAUGUGAACAGACACGGUGAUGGUGACGGUGGGGGAGGUGGUGGUGGAGGAGGAGGAGGAGGAGGUAACAAUGGCCCACUGCCACUGUGGGUGCAGGGCAAUGGGGGUGGCGGCGGUGGCGGCGGAGGCAACAAUAUGCGCAACAUGCGCAACAACAACCGCAUCGGGCACAACUUCCGCAACAACAACGAUCGGUGGAAUAAUGGUGGCGGUGGGCCACAGAUGAUGGGUGGUGGUGGUGGCAACAAUGGAAACGGUGGCGGUCCGGGUAACAACAAUCGGCGAAACAAUGGCAACAACAAUCGGCGCAUGGAUCGGAAAAAGUAAAUCCACACCCAGGAACACACGCCUUCCAAAGAGAACGAAAGACGAACGACGAAGCAAUAGAGAAGAGGGAAGAAAGACAAAAAAUGAGAGAGAAAGGAUUCUCUUUUUUUAAUAAAGCUUUAUUGCCCAGUGCCCGCGCUCCUGUGCGAAACCGCCCUGUGGUGGAGACGGAGGAACAAGCGCAUUGUUGCCGAUUUGUUGCCACCCCCCAUCUCCCCCAAGAAGACUUACUCAGCUGAAUACACACAGAAGGGGCGACACACGCGCAUCGAUGGAUAAACACGAGAUUUGUAUGAAACGUAGAAGAGAGACAGACAGAGAGAAAAAGAGAAAGUAAUAUAGGAUUGUUAUAAUAAGCAAAACACUGUUUCAUCACACACACGAACAGUUCCUCUCUGCCGCAGUGUGUGUAGAGAGAGAGAGAGAAGAGUGUUGGUUUUCCUUCUAUAUACUUAAAAUGGAAAAUAAAUUAUCAAACUUUUCGUGGUACACACACACGCGGGGGUACGCACGUUGUUGCUACUACAUCUCUCACCCUCCAAAAAACCAGAUCGUGGUGUGUUUUGGAGGGACACAGAGAGAGAGAGAGAGAGAGAGAGCUCGACAAGCGGUUAGAAUCAUUUUACUCUAUCGUUAAACAAUUAUACUUGUUUCUGUGUUUCUGACGAUUGAGCUAGAGAGAGAGAGAGAGAGAGAGAGAGAGAGAGAGAGAGAGAGAGAGAGAGAGAGAGAGAGAGAGAGAGAGAGAGAGAGAGAGAGAGAGAGAGAGAGAGGAGAGAGAGAGAGAGAGAGAGAGAGAGAGAGAGAGAGAGAGAGAGAGAGAGAAAGGUUUAGCACAUUUUAAAAAAGGGACAGUUAAAAAAUCACGUUUUAUCUGCAUUGUUAAAUCGUGCUAAACGGCAGGACAGGACGACGUAUUUACACGCAAAUGAUUAAUGUAUUUUUUGGUUAAAAAUAUGUUCUCUUUUUUUAAUUCUGUACACAACAAAACUCUUUCACAAACACAAACACUUGUGUGUUGUUGUUGUACAGGCGCACACAGCAAGACAGCAAGACCUAUUAAAACAUAUUUAUAUGCAUCAUA